AUGCACAGCCUUGUCAUCUUCCAACUUCUGUCGUCAGCUCUACUGUUAGCCCCGAAAUGGGUGGCGGCAGUCAGAGUUGAUCAUCAGGACUUUCCUCCCGAAAUCCAUCUACGGGGUGGUGUGGUGCUAUCCCGCAAAUUUGCCGAAGUUAAAGAAGUGCGGGACAGCUACGGAACCACCAAGGAGACCUAUCACGGGUUUCAGCUGGAUUUGUUGGAGAGUCUGAAAGCGUUUGCUGUGCAAGAUGGCGUCAAUCUGACAGUAGGAUUGAGUCGAGUUCCCAGCGAAUAUGAUGGAGCCUUGAAUUUGAUUGCCAACGAUUGCAACAGUUCCGUGAUUGCCGAUUUGAGAGAAGGGGGUGACAAAUACUACCAAGAUCACGAUUGCACAUCUCUGGACCUGCUGAUAGGGGAUUACUGGGUCACACCUGAGCGCUUUGAACGAAUCGACUACACUCCGAAUUGGCUGCGUACGGCUGUAACCACCAUGAAGUAUAUUGACGGUCCCUUCAGCGGGAUCACCACAAUGACCCAAGCAACACGAAAACGGGCACCGGUUUGUGUCCCCGCCAAAACGUACACGAUGAGAGUCGCAUACGAAAAGUUUCCUGACGCAGAGUACGUGGAAUGCAGCUGGGACAAUCUGUUUGAAGAAUGUGAACGAUUCCUCCUAGAGGGCCGGUGUGCCCUAUUUGUCAAUGAUCUAUUGGUACUCAAGACGAGACAGUUUCAUGAACCACAGAAGUUUGAGGUGACGGGAGAAGAGUUCAACUCUCAACAAACAGCGUGGCCGCUCCGGCACGAUCUACCUGAGGUGGUUUCCUAUCUCCUCAGGCGGUGGAUUUAUCAAGCUCAGACGAAUGGGACUCUCGAUGCACUGUACUAUGAGUACUUUGAGCGACAGAUAUGCCCCAUUGGGACGGCUGGGGAAGAUUGCGAUCUGCCCUGUGAUCCAGAACACGGGGUUGAUGUGAAGGGCGUCUGUGUCUGUGAAAGUAUCAAGUGGACGGGAGACGAUUGUAGUUUUGAGGUGCCCGAAAACCACAACAUGAUCCCAGAUGCUUUGAGGAGCGUCGCUUACGCUAUGUUUGGCAUAAACGUGGCUGUCAUAUUACUAUGCGCAGUUUGGCUUUAUUGGCAGAAAGACAGUGCUCAAGUCUCAUCAAGUCAACCGUCGUUUCUUCUGUUGGUGCUCCUUGGCUGUAUCAUCUCAUCUUCUACAAUCAUAGCUCUGGCCCAAGAAGACGACCCAAGCACCACAGAGGCAGAAGACGUCCCAUGCAUGGCCAUACCCUGGUUGUAUUCCGUUGGCUUCUCCAUUACGUUCGGUACUCUGUUUGCAAAAAUUCGCCGAGUGUACCUCAUCUUUCUAAACGCGGGAGCGGUGGUAAGAACGGGCCAAUCAACAUAUACCCAGCCGAGACGGAAUUCAACAGUAUCAUGGCAGGAAACUGUCAUGAUCAUCGCUGCUGUACUUUUAGUGGAUGUGACAAUUCUCGUCAUUUGGACAGUGGUGGACCCGCUGCAGUGGCAAAGAUCCAUCACUCAAGCAGACCAGUUUGGCGUGGUUUUGGAGAGCGAAGGGUACUGCCAUUGUGAAUCCCUGGUCGCGUUUGCCAGUUUGAUUGGUGUGUUUCAUCUUAGCCUCAUGGGCACAGCAUGCUACAUGUCGUAUUGUGCAAGGAACAUCCCCACCAUGUUUCAGGAAGGGAAGACCGUCAGCAUCGCCAUGGUCAGCAAUCUGCAAAUAUUCAUUGUAGGAGUUCCGGUGCUAAUCAUCGUGGGAUACGACCCACAAAGCAGUUUCUUUGUGCGAAGCGUCAUAAUUUGGAUGAAUGAUCUUGCAGUGGUGGUGUUAAUCUUUGGGAACUUGGUGUUCGCCACACAUGUGCAAAAACAAGAUGAAACCCAUAUCAAGGAAGGCGUAGGUAGGGCUGUUUCUUUGUAUUCGAGGGCGGGCAAGCAAGCGACUUCAAGCGCUGGUUCGCCGCCAAGUAAUGGCUCCGCACAACACAAGUCAAGUGUCAUGAAGAGUGCUGAGGGUGAUCUAGAGGCCUAUCUCCAGCAACACAAAGAGCAAAUGCAGAUGCCCCAACCCAGAGGAGACUUGGUGUCAUCCUUGACAAUGACGUCCUCUGCAUCUGCUGAGGUUGAAACACCUCAGGACGGGUAUGCAUCGUCAGUGACCAUGGGGUCGUCCAAGGGACGGAAGGGUGUUCCAUUCGGUUUGGCAAGUUGCGUUGAAGUCGACGAAGAGGCUGAAGAAGAAGAAGAAACCUGGGUAGAAGACUUGUCGCCGCAGAGGAGGCAUAGCUUCGAUUCAGCAGCCAGGUUCAGUACAGCCUCCGGUGCCACUCCGCCCAGGCUUCCAGUGCGUUCUGGACUCCCCUUAAGAAGAAGCAACAGCGAUGAUUCCCUGGCAAGGUUCAGCACUACGUCGAUGGGGAGAGAGCAUCCUGUGGAGCCGCUUCCCAUGAGAUGGCUCAACAGGGAGUCCUUUGGUGUACUGCCGGUACCUCCGGUCUUGCCGACAGAGCAAGGAAUUCCCGCCGCGCGACGGUUAAGCUAUGAAUCAAUGUCAAGAUUCAGCACAGACUCGGCGCACACACCCCCAAAAGCUCCUCUACGGGACUUCUCGAUAUCAUCUGUUGGAAUCGAUGAUGGUGACGAGAGCUUCUGCGCGCAAUUGGCAUCGGAACAACAAAAGGCCGAUACAGUCCUUCGACAACCCAUGACGCCGAAUCCCAUCAGGCAAUCACUUCGCAGUGAGGAAUCACCAAGGAUUCCGGCAAGAAUGCUGUCAGAUGUCGAAUCAACCGAAGACAAUCUUAAUCACGAGCCGCCACUACCAGUCAGUGCCUCCCGUCGUACCAGUAUCAAUAGUGCUCCUUGUAUGCCUCUACGCGUCCAUUCCGAUGCUGAAUCAACCGCUGGAAAGGUUGAUGAAGUUUUUGCUAUUGUUCAUCACAACGCGUCGGAGACCUACCAGUACCCCGGAGAGAGGGCGAAUGGUACGCGAGCAAGUAUGGGUAGCACCGCUGGCAAUCAUUCUGGAGACGAGGGUGAAGGCAACAACACCUUGAACAUCUUUGGGUCGCCCAGGAUGCCGACUCGGGUAAUGUCGGUUGCAGAGUCCACUGCCAGUGGUAGCAGCGAUGAAAAGGAAGGAGGGGCUGGACAGCUGGCAGCACUGAAGGCACCAAACUUGCCUCGAAGAUUGCCGUCCGUUGGAAGAGAUAAUGACAGUGUUGACCGACAGCAAAAGCCAAACGCAAGAGCAUGGAAGACCACGAAUUGCUCGCCAUCACUGCCAAGACUGCCUCCUCGGCAAGAGCUCGAUGCAUCAUUGUCGCAAGCGGAUCGAAGCAAGGGCUCAGCUUCUACAACAAAAGAAGGGACAUCUCGAACUCAAUUGGACGCAAGUGACUACUCGGACGAACAGCUAUAG